AUGGGGAAAUGCCUAUCAUCGACCUCGCACCGGCGCUCAACAUUCCAACCAAGAGAUCAUCUUGAAAGUCUGAUCACCAAACACGGCUACCCCACACCUGUGUCACUUUCUUCCCUGCGAGAUUUGACAGCCACCUCGUCUACUUAUACUCCUCCUUCGCCUCGGCACCGUUACCCGGACACUGUUCCGAUUGACUUUGAUUCGCUUACCUCAUCCUCAUCCACACGACCGAUUCCAAUCCCAAGACGCCCCGGCCCAAUAUACGACCUUCCAGUGACACCACUCACCGGUCGGUUCGAUCACUCUUAUUUUGACGAUUGGGAACGCGUGUCUCAAUCUACCUCCCGACAAAUCCCUUCAAUCCGGCCUCCUCGUCGCAGCCAUCUUUCGCGGCCCCCGCAAUCCUCGACAAGGAUGCGUUCUGAUAACUCCCCCUACUACUCCCCGGUUGCCUCGCCUAUCAUGUCUCCCCGACGCUCAAACUCCCCCCAACCAACUCGCUCUCGGACCCAGAAUCCAUCCAAGGCUAAGCAAACCCAGAACUUCCAUCUCGGCAGCUUGCCCCGCUUCCAUCCUGCCGUAUAUCAGUCGAGCAGCACUUCUCACAACGCUGUUCCUCAGCCUUCGUCUCCUCGUCAAUCCUGGCAACCGGUCUACCGCACUACAGCCGGGUCACGCGACAUGAUGUGGCAGUACCGUGAAAUCAUUGAAGGCGUCCACCAAGGUCCCUCGGCGCCCCGUCUGGACCCUCUGGUUAGUCCUGGCCCCGUGACGCCCCUGGCGCUAGAGGCGGGUGAUUACCUUGCCCAUGGCUCGAUGAACAACACAUCCGAACGGAAUCCACGGGAUGUCCCAAAGAACUCUGGCCCUCCGGCCGAGUUGGUCGAGAAACUCAUUGCCUAUGAGGAGAAGGCUCGGCAGAUGGCUCGAAAGCCCGCCAAGGGCCGGUAA